GGCCUUAAUCUCGCGCCUUCACAGUAUCCGCGUUCACGACACUCGAGCUCAAUACAGUGAAAUAUUGCACGAUGCCCAAGUCAAAGGAAGUUCUGUCAUCUACUUCUGGCAGUGCCAGUGCCAGUGACUCAGACAGUGAGACUGAGACCAAGGCCAAGAAGAGAAAGCAAGCAGCACCAGAGAAACCAGCCGCUAAGAAACCGAAAGGGGGGGAGAGUUCCAAACCUGGUGGAACCUCCAAGGGAAGCGGCAACAAGGACAAGGAUGACAACAAGUUUCAGAUUGGGAAGAUGAGGUAUGUGAGUGUUCGUGAAUUCAAAGGGAAGUGUCUGAUUGACAUCCGUGAGUACUGGAUGGACCAGGAGGGAGAGAUGAAGCCGGGCAGGAAAGGUAUCUCACUAAACCCAGAGCAGUGGAACCAGCUGAAGGAUCAAAUCUCUGAGAUAGACGACGCUGUGAAGGCGAUAUAAGAGGGAGGCCUCUGGCUGCCUGGGAUUUACCAUCCACAACCAUACAUUCUGUUUUUGUUGUUAACUUUCCCACCAUUUUUUAUAUUGUUAUUGAAACAUUUUUAAAGGAAGAGACCCACAUUUUUUAAGUGACCGACCAAGACAACAUUGUGUAUAUUUUAAGCUUUAAGUUUCUGUUUACUUCUUCUUGUGCUGUGUUUGAAAACCCAAUGUAUGUUAUGCUUGUUGAGUGCUUCAGAUGUAGCCGUAUGUGUGUGUUUGUCUUAUUGGGUUUGCUAUAAUAAGUAAUCAAUAAAAGCCAUUUAAAGGGA